AUGACUUCAUCCGGGUCUUCCAAAGACCUCGCCAAAGCCCUCAAUGGCUUCUUCGCCCGGGCGCCGACCCUCCCACUGCCGGCUGAGAUCAACGGGAUCAUUGCUAGCUACCUCGAGAGACACGACAAGCCCGACGAAGGCGCUGGCGGGCGACUCGGCGACGAGCUUCGGAUAGUGUGGGACAAGUUGGUUCGUGACAACCCCGAGAAAUACGUCGCGUUUCUCACCAUCCUGCGGCGGCUGCGGCCGGGGCUGCGGACGCCGGAAAGGGUUUUCAAAUGGUGGGACAUGCUGCUGGACCCGGUGCUGGAGCACGUUGGGCAAGUGAAAGGCCUCGCAAGGGUCGCCAUGGACCACACCCUGGACCUUCUUUCGGUCGAUGAUUACGAUGAUCCGGAUGCCUUGGGCGAGGAAGGCCUCAUGCCGCUUGUCAGCCGCCUUCUGACCCUGUGGAUGGAGGCGUUCAGGUCGCAGCCGAAGAGGGGUCCGUCCUCGGACUUGAAGCUGCAGAUGAUCGAUGAUGCCCUCAUGGCGUUUGGGAAGAAAGACCCCAAGGGCUUCAUGACGGCGCUGGACCGCUUUGUGGUCAAAAGAGAGCACCGGAACUCGGCCUUGAGUCUGCUCUGCGCCUUCAUCUCGAGCGGGCCUCCCCACCUGCACCUUAUCCUACAAACACCUCUGUUUGGGAACAUUCUGCACUCCUUGCAAAAGGAUGAAUCGACCGUGACGAUCAAUAUGGCUCUCGUUGCCCUGGUUAUGAUCCUGCCGUUUAUCCCUAGCUCGCUGGUGCCUUUCCUUCCCACCUUGUUCAACAUUUACGCUCGGCUGUUGUUCUGGGACCGUGAUUCGUAUUUUGCGCAACAGCAUACGGAAAUGGGGGCGGAGAAUGGUGAUAAUGGAGGUGGGAUCGCCUGGGAUACUUCCCUGCUGGACCCAGACCAUGAUGGAUAUUCAAUCCCUUACUUGCCUGAGUACUUCACGUUCCUCUAUGGAAUGUACCCGAUCAACUUUCUCGACUACGUUCGCAAACCGCAACGGUACCUCCGCCAUGCGAACAAUGCCGAUGAUAUCGACAUACAGGCCAUGGAGAUCCGCGACCGGUCGGACCGGUUCCGCAAGCGACAUCUCCUCCACCCCAACUUUUAUAACUUCACGAUCGAAUCUGAGAAGACGGACCUGAGCCGCUGGAUCAAGAAAGAGGCCGACGAAGUCAUUGCGGAUUGCACAGCCCUAGUUAUUGAGCAGACACCCGCCCCUGGUCACGUUCGCCCAACCACACCACUUCCGAGCGGGUCCGUCUCGGUCAUGGGCGAGGAGCCCGAGAGCCUUGAUGCUGCUUUGCUGGCAACCCAGGCCCACGCAAACCCGUCUCACCCGGCACUCUCGUCAAGCUCCAUAUCGAUCGGCCGAGCCAACACCCCCUCGAUCCGCCGCGGCUCUCAAUCGAGCCAACAGUCGGCGUAUAAUCCGUCGGAAACCAGAAGCCGUGAGCCGGCGGGCGACAGCCCGACAUUACCUCCAGAUGUCGGCCAGUCAAUACAGCACAGUCAGCGUGAGGAAAUGUCGCAGCCUAGCAGCCUGUUCAGAAGCGGACUUCAACAGUCGCUAGCCAACGACAGCGUGCCAUCCCUAGUGCUCAACGCUCAAAACCAAGGGGUAGAAAAGAGUCCGCUCCAGCGCCCCGUUGCUUCUAGUUCAAGGCAACAAAAGGGCUCCAGUGCUGAGGUGGACGAUCAGAUGGCCCUACUACAGCACCACAGGCUUCGACUCAACAACGACCUGCAAUACGAGCGGUUCAUCAAGGAGCAACACAUGGUCCACAUGGGUGAACUGCGCCGGCGGCAAAUACGGGUAUCCGCGACGGAGGCCGAAACCCAGAACCUCGUGAUGGCCAACCGGAGCUUGAAGCAGCGGCUGGACGAGGCCAAACGAGGCGAGGCCCAGAUCCGGAAAGAAUUCGACCACCGUCGGAAUAUGACUAAGAAGUGGGAGAGUGACUUGUCAAACAAGCUCCGCGGCCUGCGUGAGGAGCAGAAGAAGUGGGCAGCGGAAGGCAGCGAGCUCAAGCAACAGCUGGAGAAGUCUCGUGCGGAAUGUGAAAACCUACGCCGGCUUGUCACCGAAGCGGAGUACCAGCGCCUGCAAUCAGAGCAGGAUCUUGAGGUGGUCGACAUUAACGCGGCCAUGGUUGAGAAGUUGAAGAGCGAGAUUGCGCGCUUGUCUGCUUCGGAGCGGGCGCUACAGGGACAGCAGACCAAAGCGGCCGCGGCAGAGCAAGACGCGGAGUUGGUCAAGACGAGGGCCGAAAAGGCAGAGCACGACGCUGCUUUGCAAGUGGAAGAGCUCCGCCGCGCCGAGAGCGACUACCAAGCCCAGAUCGAAGAUCUCAAAGCCCAACUAACAACCCGAGAAGCGCGCCGCGAGGCGUCUACAGAACCUACUAAUAUCAGCAACGUCGUCAACGCAUACGAAGCCAGUUUAUCCUCCGCCCGCGCCAAAACAACGGCCCUCCAGAAGCAAUACGACGCGCUUGCUAAGAAAAACGCCGUUCUCGAAUCAACCUUGCUCGAUAUCCGCUCAGAAAUCGAGCAACAAAGGGACAGGAGGAGCAGUUACAACGCACAGCAGCAACAGCCAGAGCACGCCCUGCCCUCGCCAUCGCUAGGAUUUGCCGACGCCGCCGAAAGCGAGGCGCCGCCCAUUCUGCCGCGGCAUUUGCCGAGCGUUCGGGGCAACAAUGCGGCUCGACAGGAACUAGAGGCUGCUGAGAGGAUGUCGCCGGGUACGAAUACCGUGGGUUCGGUACCGCAGUCGCUGGAGCAGACGACGCCGCUUGGGUCUCAUGAUACAGUGGGAAGUCUGGGGACGCAACAGGGUGCUGGAUUAAGCGGGACGAAUACAGGUAGUAGUGGUGGCAGUGGUAGUGGUACCGGUACCAGUGAAAGACCACCUUACGGCCGAGGUGGCGUGCAGAACUCGGGACGCAAAGAUACGAAGGAUAAGAAGGACGACAAGAGUGCGAAGAAGGAAAAGAAGCCCAUGGGCAUGAGAGCAAUCCGGGGAUUUGUUUGA